AUAACCGUUACCAAGCCCUCCACUUUUAUCUCAGCAAAACAAAAUAGACACUACAGCUCAAACUCAACCUAAAUUUUUUGAGGAAAUCUAAAAUUAACUUUCAAGAUUUGAGCUUGGUGUUAGAAGGUGAUUUGAAAGUUGAAACCAUGACUGUUGAGGUUAAGGUUGAAGAAACUAAGGUGGCUGAGGUUGUUGUGGUUCCUCAAGAAGAACCCGAGAAGGUUGUUGUUGUUGAAGAGAGAAAGAAUGAUGUUAAUGGAGAUGUGGAGGUGAAGGAAGUGGAUGCUGCUGAUAAUGUUGGGCCUAAAACAGUUCAAAAGAGUUCUUCUUAUAAGGAAGAAAGCAAUUUUCUUUCUGAUCUUAAGGAGUUUGAGAGGAAGGCCUUGAGUGAGCUGAAAUUGAAACUGGAAGAGGCAAUUCUUGGAAACAGUUUGUUCAAGAAACAAGGGGCAAAGAAGAAGGAGAAGGAGGUGGAGAAGCCAGUGGAAGAAGAGAAAGAGAAGGAAAAAGAAACCAAGGAAGGAGAAGAUAGUGGGGAACACGAAGGUGAAAAGAAAGAAGAUGUGAAACCAGAAGGAGAUAAUGAGAAGGAAAAAGCAGUCCUGGAAUGUGAAGAAGAGAAAACCGAGGUUGUUAUUGAAGAAAAAAGUGAAGAAAUUGACAGGGAUAUUUCCAUUUGGGGAGUCCCUCUUUUUCCUAGCAAGGGAUCAGAAGGAACUGAUGUGGUCUUAUUGAAGUUCUUAAGGGCUAGAGAUUUCAAAGUUAACGAUGCACUGGAGAUGCUCAAGAAGACCCUUCAAUGGAGGAAAGAAUCCAACAUUGAUUCACUCUUGGAUGAGGAAAUAGGAGUGGAUCUAAGCUCAGCAUUCUACAUGAAUGGCAUCGAUCGCGAAGGCCACCCUGUGUGUUACAACAUCUAUGGGGUGUUUGAGAAUGAGGAGCUUUAUGCAAAGGCAUUUGGAGAUGAAGAGAAGCGCAAGCAGUUCUUGAGAUGGAGAUUUCAAUUAAUGGAGAAAGGUAUUCAAAAGCUUGAUUUGAGGCCUGGUGGUAUUGCUUCUUUGCUUCAAAUCAGUGAUCUCAAGAAAUCUCCUUCCCCAUCAAAGAAAGAGCUCAGGACUGCCAUGAGCAAAGCUGUCACCCUUUUGCAGGACAAUUAUCCAGAAUUUGUUGCAAAAAAUAUAGUCAUAAAUGUUCCAUUUUGGUAUUACGCUUUCAACGCCCUGCUAUCUCCUUUCUUAGCUCAAAGAACCAAGAGCAAAUUUGUCGUUUUUCGCCCUGCCAAGACCACCGAGACAUUGCUCAAGUAUGUUCAGGCCGAGGAAAUCCCUGUUCAAUAUGGUGGCUUCAAGAGGGAGAAUGAUUUCGAGUUCUCCAGCGAAGAUGGUGAAGUUUUAGAACUUGUAAUCAAAGCUGGAUCAACUGACACGAUUGAGAUCCCUGCAGCAGAGGUUGGAGCCACAUUGCUUUGGGACCUGACAGUUGUGGGAUGGGAAGUGAAUUACAAGGAGGAAUUUGUGCCAAGUGAUGAGGCUUCCUACACCAUCAUCAUCCAAAAGGGCAAGAAAAUGAGCUCAAAUGAAGAGCCAAUUCGCAACACUUUCAGGAACAAUGAACCUGGAAAGGUAGUUCUGACCAUUCAGAAUGGGUCAAGCAAGAAGAAGAGGGUCCUAUACCGAUACAAGACCAAGAAGACUGCUUCCUAUUGAGAGAAGACUCCAUUCUUUUAUAUUAUCAAUCUUUUAUUUGCCGUCACAAUUCUUUUCUAGAUAGAAAACAUUGAUUCUUUUCAGGAUUGAUAUCUGUAUCUGAUCGUGUGAUUUGAUUUGUUAUUUCUGGGGUUCCUUUUUCAGUUUCUUCGUUAAAAUUUUGUGAGAAAGAAAGAUUAUUUUGUGGAAAAUGCAAUAAAUUAAGAUUGAUGACCAUUUCCGUA